UCAUUUUCUAUGCAUUAUAGGCAGGUCACAGUAUAGAAAGACAGGGCAAGAAGGAAGCCUUAAUUUUUUCCAGUUUUGUCUGCAAUAUGCAAUCAAUUAAUCAGUUACAGGUGAUCUAUAAUUGUCCUGUGUUGCUAUUUCUUGGGUAUCACAGACCAGGUUCCUUGGCCAGUAUAUUUAUAUGUCACCAUUGAUAUGUUACAUCUGUGUCCAGGACAGAAAGACAGAGAUUCUGUUCUCUUGACUAAGAGAGCCUUUUUCUCUAAACAGGCCUUUAAAAAAAAAUUACAUUUAUCUUUCCUCCUUUGCCCCAAGGAUCACUUAGCAACAGAGAUCAGAACUCCCACAAUACUUUUGACUUCUUUGACCUUUUACAAAGUUGAAACUGGUAAGAGUCCUAGUGACACUUCUGACUUUUAGUUAAGAAAGCAACUAGUUAGUUUUAUUUGAGGGUCUUUUUACCUUAAACUGCCUUGUAUUGUUGUUAUGGAAGACAGAUUUGCAAAACAUAGAGAGCCUUUGCCUCUCUAGGAUCUCUCUGCACUUUUAAUAUUGAGCAUUUAGGUUUAGGAUCUAUCUGGAGUUAGUUUUGUCGAGCUUGUUUACAUUAUCUCAUGUGUAGAGUAGCAUUCCACUGCUAAACUGUGAGGUAGAAUAACUGAUAGUAUAAAAAUAAACUGUAUCUUAGGAGACAUUAUGUCACACUAAGUAGAAUUUAGCAAAGGUUGUGUUGCCUCCCAAAUACUCCAUAUAUAUUUGAGUAGUAUGUUAACUGCACCUGUUAGUGAACUAGGUUGCUUAAGGGACCAUAAAGGGUCACAACUAACAUUAAAUUCUGGUAUACCAUAAAGGUAUAUGAAUUCUAGAACAGCUAAUCUCCAGCCUUUUUUAAAAAUGGUUUUGAGCCGGGCAGUGGUGGCACAGCACUCAGGAGGCAGAGGCAGGCAGAUCUUCUUUGAGACCAGCCUGGUCUACAAGAGCUAGGCUCCAAAGGUACAGAGAAACUCGAUCUCAAAAAACAAAACAACAACAACAAAAAAUGGUUUUGAGCUAAGAUCUUCUAUGCUGAUUCAGGUGGAUUUGACCCCUAUCUGUAGUCCCCCAGGGCAUUGCCCUUGUUAUCACCCUGACUAAACACUCUAAAUUCUUGAAUUACAGGUGUGUAGUAACACAGAGUUUUAAAAUUACCAAUUUGGUUCACAUAGUAGACUGUCCAUUGCACUAUUUCAGAUGUCAAGAGGCAGAUAAGGAUAUAAGGGCUACAUUGCAGGCACCAGGAAAGGUUUGGUCUGUAAGAGACAUAAUAACAAUAACAAAAUUACAGCUCCCAAAUAAAUAGAGACUUAUAUUAAUUAUAAAUGCUAGUCUCAUAGCUCAGACUUAUUACUAACUAGCUCAUACAACUUUAAUUAAUAAAUUUCUAUAAAUCUAUGUGUAACCCCAGGCCAGUGGGAUUUACCUCCCUUGCAUGUCUUGCUUCCUCUCUGUCUGGAUUGUGGCUCCUCUGAUUUCACCCUUUUUCUCAAAAUUCUCCUAAUCUCACUCUCCCACUCAAUCUAUUCCUGCCCAUUAAUAGGCAAGUCAGUUCUUUAUUUACCAAUGAGAGUAAUAUAUAUUUGUAACUGGGCUCUAACAUCUUUCUUGGGGGAGGGGUUGAGAAGGUGUCAUAUCAACAACACAAAAGCUUAGUGUAGAAGGAGCCUGUGCGAUCAUUUCCUGGCUGCUCAGACCCAAAUAAAUACACAGAAACUAUAUUAAUUUCAAUACUGUUUGGCCAAUGACUGAGACAUAUUCCUAAUUAGCUCUUAUGUCUUAAAUUAACUCAUUUCUAUUAACCUAUGUAUUGCACAAGGCUGUAGCUUACUGGUAAUGUUCUGGCAUCUUCCUCCUUUAGCAACUACAUGGUGUCUCCUUGACUACACCUACUCUUUCUCUAUAUCUCUGUUCAGAUUUCUCACCUAGCUUUACUCUGCUAAGCCACUGGCCAAAACAGCUUCAUUCAUCAACCAGUAAAAGCAACACACAUAUAAAAGUACAUCCACAUUAGCCUGGAGUCUGGUAAAAAAGGAUACAUUAGAUUUGGUUAUUUCGCAAUAGGGAAAGCUUAUAUAACCUCCCAGCAUGCAGGCAUUUCAAUUUGUUGACAUUGCAUGAUUGCCCCUCAUGGGCAAUAUUGCACAUUCCUCCCUCAUUGCCUACUUCAGUAUUUCUGAUAGUCCCAGGCACACUCCAGAAUGGCUCAUCUCUCGGCCUGGUAGACCUUAACUUCCUUCAUAUCAACAUGUAGAUAUGAAGAUGUAGAGUUCUUUGCUCAGGCAUUGUUGACCCCACCUCAGGAGUGAUCUGCAACUGGACUGUGCCUUUCCUAGGUAGCCUGCUGAACAAUCAGUCUCUUCCCUGUCAUUGACUACUAGCCCUGUGGAUAGCUGCCUGGAUGGGGCAACUAGGUGAUAACCUGUUGAAUUUCAGAUAGGCAUGCAUAACCUCCUGCUGAGGACUGAUAGAAGGAUGCCUAAGAGCCAUUAACACCUUAGUGGCUGCCCACUGCUACUGAAUCUGCUGCAGGAGGCAUUAAAGAGAAUAAGGAUUAGCAAUACUACCCAGUCAAUUAAUGCAUAUGAGAGCAUCCAGGAGGGAUCAAAUAGCCUAUGUAUAUUAUGCCAAACUUUUUCAAAAAAUGAAUCAUCAAAGACCAUAACUUCUGACCUUACUUAUUCACAGUAUAGAGGAUUAAUCUAUAGCAUACAACAUCUAAGUUUUUGAGUUCUUUACAUAUUUUGGCUAUUUGUUAUCUAUUGGAUGUGGAGUUUUUAAAAUCUUGCCUCAUUCCUUAAGCUGCUUUUUUGUCUGAUUGACUAUGUCCCUUUGUCUUACAGAAGCUUUACAGUUUCAUGAGAUACCAUUUAUUAAUUGUUCACCAUAGUGUUUCCACUGUUAUUCCAUUGUUAUAUGGUUGAGAACACCAUAUCCUGUGCCAGUACAUUCAAAGUUUUCCACACUUGGUCUUGUACCUGUUUCAGUGUGUCUGGUUUUAUUUUGGGGAUCUUUGACCCACUUGGAUAUGAGUUUUGUGCAGAAUGAUGAAUGUGAAUAUUUGAAUUAGGCUACAUUCAAAAAUUCAGUUUAGUAGACACCAUUUGUUAAAGGUGCUUUCUUUUUUUUCCAUUUUGUAUUUCUGAAUUUCCUUUGCAGAAAUCAAGCAUCCAGGAUUUAUGUCUGGUCUUUAACUUGAUUCCAAUGUUCAACAAGUGUGCUUUGCUACUAAUGACAUGCUUUUUUUUUUUCUAUAUAUACUGUUUCUUUGUGUAACAGUCCUCACUAUCCUGUAACUAGUGCUUGAGAACCAUGCUGGCCUUGGUCUCUGUCUCCAGACUUCUGGAAUUAAAGGUGUUCACCACCACUGCCUGGUGCCAUGAUAUUCUCUUAUUGUUCAGGAUUAUUCCAGCUAUCAUGUUUUUUUGUUUGUUUGUUUUGUUUAUCUACAUAAAGUGGCAAACUGCCCUUUCAUUGUCUUUAAGCACUUGUGUUGGAAUUUCCAUGGGGAUUGUGCUGAAUCUAUAGAUUGCUUUUAGUAGGAUGGGUAAUCCUACUGUGUUAAUCCUACUGAUCCUUGAGCUUAACAUAUCUUUCCAUCUCUCUGGUAUCUUCUUUAAUUUCUUUCUUUAAUUUUUUGAAGUUAUUAUUGAAAGGCCCCCCGGUGUGGGGAGACUCUCACUCAAGUCUCGAGACAACACCCCCGCCCCCAGAAACUCACGAGAGACUGUCCUUGCUGCAAUCACACGGGGUUUAUUUGACAGGACAGGAACCAGUGCACUGGGGCCGAGACUCAUAACCCACGCAGGGGAGGAGUUCAACCCCGAGUAAUUGGGAGAAGGGGUUUUUAAAGGAAGAAACCACAGCCCAGUAAUCUGAAAGGGGCAGGGAGGGCGGCACAGAAAAUUCCGAAAAUACCAGUGAUGAUCAUAAGGGGGCAACUCCCUGUUUCUCAAGAUUAUACUCAAGAUUACAAUCUAACUUUAUCUUCAGCUAGUUCCUGAAACUGAACUGGCUAAUCCUAGAUUUCUGAUUCUUCUCUCCCUGCUUAGAUUUUUGGCUCUAUUUUUUCCUGCUAGGGGGGUCUGGAUUUAUCCAGGUCUUUCAAUUAUCACACAAGUUAUUUCACUUGUUUUAUUAGAGUUACUGGAACAUAUAUUUGAGGCUAUUAUAAAUGGUGUUUUUCCCUUAUUUCUUUCUCAGUUUAUUAUUUAUAGGAGGGCUACUGAUAUUUUUUUAGUUACUCUUAUAUCCAGCUACUUUGCUGAAAGUGUUUUAUCAAUUGUAGUUCCUUUGUCCAAUUUUUAGGGUCACUUACGUAUCUAUCAUACCAUUUACAAAUAAAAAGACUUUGACUUCUUUGUUUCCAAGUUAUAUCCCAUUGGUGUCCUUAAUUUCUUUUAUUGUUCUAAUUAGAACUUCAAGUACUAUAUUGAGUUGGACUGACUUGGAGUUUCUCUACAUUUAGUUUAAUGUUGGCUAUAGUUUUGCUGUAAAUUUUCUUUAUUAUGUGUAUGUAUGUACCUCAUAUCCCUAAACUGCAAGACUUUUAUAAUGUUUGAUUUUGUCAAAGACAUCUUGUUGUACAUGUAAUGGGAUGACACUGUGUUCUAUUUUGUUUUUCAAUUUAUUUUUAUGGUGGAUUGCAUUUAAUGUUUUUUUUUUUUAUGUUGAACCUUCACUGCCUGUUGUUAAAAGGGCGAAUGGGCUGCUUUCCAUCCCGCCUGGCUCCCGGCCACCCAGCUAGCUUUAUCCAAAAUAAUUACAUGGAAACUGUAUUCAUUUAAACACUGUCUGGCCCAUUAGUUUUAGCCCCUUAUUGGCUAACUCUCACAUAUUGAUUUAACCCAUUUCCAUUAAUGUGUAUCGCCACUUGACUGUGGCUUACUGGCAUGAGUCUAACCAGCGUCCAUCUUGGGCAGGAGAACCAUGGCGUCUGCCACACUGUCUUCUUUCCAGCAUUCUGUUUUGUCUACUCUGCCUCCCUAAGGACUGCCCUAUCAAAAGGCCAAUGCCAUCUCUUUAUUUAACCAAUAAAAGUAACACAUAGACAAAACACCCUUCUAUACCAACUGCCUAUCUGGGAUGUAGCCUAAUUGAUGAGUUUACAUCAGUUUUUGAUGUGUUCUUGGAAUCUCUUGGCAAGUAUUUGAAUAUUUGUGAAUUUAUAUUCAAGAGGGAAAUUGGUCUGUAACUCUCUUUAUAACAUUUGUCACAACACUGGAUCUCUGUACUGAAUUAGUUUAAUGAUCUCAAAGUCCUGAAGCAGAGGGACUAGAGGCAAUGAAUACUUGAAAUUGGAAUUCUCAGAGUCUGUCUACCUGGUGCAAUCUCUAUAUUUUUAAGGGCAAUUGCAGAAACCUUUGUUUCCACUGUUUCCUGUCUCAGGUCUAACAUAUAUAGUAGCAUCUGAUAUGAAUCAUCUAUGAUUACUUAAAUACAAAAGCCUGCAUUUAUGGAUAAUCUGUGGCAUCAUAAGAUGAAUUUCCUGAUGUUUGAUUCCAUGGUUUCUUAGAACCUACAUCCCAUGAGUCCAAGCCCUGAUGGCUUUUAGAAUCUCCACUGAGAAGUCAAAUGUAAUUCUCAUAGGUGUGCCAUUGUAUGUUUCUUGAUUUUUUUUUUACUUUGCAGCUUUUAAUAUUCUUUUGUUAAAGAAAAGGAAGACCAUUAGAAACAUUUACAAACCAUUUUGUUUUCUAUGACUAUUGCUAUCAGAAAUAAUGAUGAUUAAUUCCUGUUCUGUUGUUUAUUUUUUGGCAUGGUUAGUGUUUUGAUUAUUAUGUGGUAAAGGGAAUUUUUCUUUUUAAUGUUUUAUUAAUCUAUAUAUUUUCUCCACUUCUCUCCCUUCCUCCUCCCUCCCUUUCUAUCUUCUUCUAUGAUUCCCAUGCUCCCAUUUUACCUAAACAUAAUAAAGGCAUUAUACAGCAAGUCAACAGCCUGAAUGGAGAGAAACUCAAAGCUAUCUUGCGGAAAUCAGGAACAAGACAAGGAUGCAGUAACCUAUAGUGAUGUGCAUAUUGACUUCAGUCUGGAAGAGUGGGCUCUGCUGGAUCCUUCCCAGAAGAAUCUCUACAAAGAUGUGAUGCUGGAGACCUAUAUGAACCUCACUGCUAUAGGCUGCAGGUGGGAAGAUCAUAAUAUUGAAGAGUAUUGUCAAAGUUCUCGAAGAUAUGGAAGGCAUAAAAGAAGUCAUUCAGAACAACCUUCUGAAUAUACUCAAUGGGUUAAAGCCUUUCCAUAUCGCAGUUAUCUUCAAAGACAUGAAAGAAUUCAUAGUGGUCAGAAGCUCUAUGAAGGUGUUCAAUAUGGUGAUGCCUUUGAAUGUCAUAAUAGUUUCCAAAUACAUAAAGAAAGCCAUAGUGCAGCAAAACGCCAUGAAUGUGAUCAGUGUGGUAAAGCCUUUUCACGAUACAGUCGUCUUCAAAUACAUAAAAGAACACAUACUGGAGAGAAACCCUAUGAAUGUACUCAAUGUGGAAAAGCCUUUUCACAACACAGUAAUCUUCAAAUACAUAAAAGAACACAUACUGGCGAGAAACCCUUUGAAUGUACUCAAUGUGGUAAAGCCUUUUCACAACAUAGUACUCUUCAAAUGCAUAAAAGAACACAUACUGGAGAGAAACCCUAUGAAUGUACUCAUUGUGGAAAAGCCUUUGCACGUCUUAAUAUUCUUCAAAUGCAUAAAAGAACACAUACUGGAGAAAAACCUUUUGACUGUAAUCAAUGUGGCAAAGUAUUUGCAGUACAAAGAAGUCUCCACAUGCAUAAACGAACACAUACUGGAGAGAAACCCUAUGAAUGUAAUCAAUGUGGUAAAGCCUUUUCGCAACACAGAUAUCUUCAAAUGCAUAAAAUAACACAUACUGGAGAGAAAUCUUAUUUAUGCACUCAAUGUGGAAAAGCCUUUGUACAUCAAAAUUCUCUUCAGAGGCAUGAAAAAACACAUACUGGAGUGAAACCCUAUGAAUGUAAUCAAUGUGGUAAAGCCUUUGUUUGUCAAAGUAGUUUCAGACUACAUAAAAGAGCACAUACUGGAGAGAAACCCUGGGAAUGUUCACAAUGUGGUAAAGCUUUUGUAUGCCAAAGUCGUCUUCAAAAACAUAGAAGAACACAUACUGGAGAGAAACCCUAUGUAUGUAUUCGAUGUGGAAAAGCCUUUGCACAACAUGGUCAUCUUCAAAGGCAUGAAAGAAUACAUACUGAAGAGAAACUCUAUGAAUGUAAUUACUGUGGAAAAGUUUUUUCACAUCCCAGUGUGCUACAUAGGCAUAACAGAAUACAUACUGGAGGGAAACCCUAUCAUUGUUCUCAAUGUGGAAAAGCCUUUGCACAUCCUAGUAUUCUACAAAGACAUAAAAGAACACAUACUGGAGAGAAACCCUAUAAAUGUGUUCAGUGUGGAAAAGCCUUUACAGAACAUAGUUAUCUUCAAAGGCAUAAAAGAACACAUACUGGAGAGAAACCCUAUAAAUGUACUCAUUGUUCAAAAGGCUUUGUACAGCACUGUUAUCUUCAGAGGCAUGAAAGAACACAUAAUGGAGAGAAACCCUAUGAAUGUAAUCAAUGUGGUAUAGCCUUUGUAUCUCAAAGCAGUUUCCGAAUACAUAAAAGGGCACAUACUGGAGAGAAACUCUUUGAGUGCCCUCAAUUUGGAAAUGCCUUUGUACACUGAAUUCUCUUCAUAGGUAUGAAUGAUUACAUACUAUAGAGAAACCCUAUGAAUAUACUCAAUGUGGAAAGACUUUUGUAUGUCAAAUCAGUCUCUGAGUACUAAAAGAAAAAAGUCUGGAGAAAAAAACAUACACAUGCAAUAUGAUAAAGCCGUUACAAAAUCAUAAAAGAUCAUACUGCAAAGAAACCCUCUAAAUGUAGUCAGUGUAACAAAGUUUUGCAAGUCAUGGUAGUAGUAUAAGAGUAAAACUUGUGUAAUUGGUUUGUUAAAGCCUUUGAACAUAUUAGACUAGACUUUGAGGAUUGAAAAAAAACUCAUACUGAAUGGAAUCUUGAUGUGGGAGUGUCAUAUAUCAAUCUGUUGAUUUCAUUGGUUAAUUAAAUAAAGAAACUGCUUGCCCUGGUAGGUUAAAACAUAGGUGGGAGGAGUAAACAGGAUGAAGAGGAAGUGAGGUAAGACUCCUCAGACAGACUCGACAGCUCUGCUCUGGAGCAGAGACGCCAUGCUCAGCUCUCCCGAGUAGAGGCGAUAGCUCCUCUCAGCUCCGACCCAGGAUGGAUGUAGGCUAGAAUCUUCCCAGUAAGCGCACCUUGGGGUGCUUACACACAUUAUUAGAAAUGGGCUAGUCCAGAUGCGAGAGUUAGCCGAGAAGAGGCUAGAUAUAAUGGGCAAGCAGUGUUUAAAUGAAUACGAUUUGUGUGUUAUUAUUUCGGGGCAUAAGCUAGCAGGCGGCUAGGGUGCUAGGGAUGCAGCCCCGCCGCUCCAAUUUCAACAGAAUCUGUGUAAAGUAUCUGGUAAGAUUUAUAGCCAACACACUUAUGUUCAAUUAAACAAGAUUCUUUAUUCUGCAGAAAAAAAAUUGACAAGAGUCAACAGUCUCUUCAAGCAUUAUUAUGGAUCUCAGUUCAAGCCAGCCUGGUAUCCAGGACAGCCAAAGAUGUACAGCGAAACCCUGACUGGAUAAACCAAAUAUUAAAAGUAAAACUAAAAGAAAUAGAGAAAAAACAGCUACAUAAUCACAGAUAAUCUGGAUACUGUAUAAUAUUGUGUUGUCUUUCAAGUGUUUGGCUGCAGAGGAAGGAGGAAUAACAGCUCCUAAAAGACAAUUAUAAAUGCUUUUGGAUUACUCCAACCUAUAUAUUUUCAAACUGUCUUGACAUUGCAAUUUAAGUCAAAAGAUACGUUACUUUGGAGAAGAGGUUUUGUUUUUGUUUUCACAGGAAAUGAGAGGCUGUGAAUUUAUUUUAGGCUACGAAAAAUAAGCUUUGAUCAAGGAAGACCUCCCGAAAAAAAUCUCCAGUGGAAAUGGAUGGCCACAAUGAUCCAGUGUUGUAGAGCACCAGUUUUGCAGUUUCUCUGAGUUUUGCAUACAGAACAGCCUCCAAAUUGCUGGAUGAAAUGACCCAGCCUCACAGAAUACUUUUAGUACUUUGACCAUAAUCCAUAAUUUUCUUUUCUUCAAUGUAUAGAAUGGGAUGCCCAUCACCUAAGUGAACCAUUUUUAUUUACAUAACAAGCAGUGUAUGAUCAUGCUUUCCAAGUAAAUAUGUCUGUGAAAGGGUUGUGGAUCGUUGUUCCUGGUUUUAAUUUUCAUGUUUUUAAACAAAUUCCCUGAAAUGUUGUUUGUUAUCCGUUCUAGCAUGGAUGUCAGUAAAUAGGUAUGUAUUUAAAUUCAUGAUCCUCAUGUAUCAGUUUCCUGAGUACAACUAGGAGUUAGAUGAUGUAAUGUCACUGUUUGCUAUUUUGUCGAUACAACACAUUUUAACAAUAUUAAUGUUAUAAUGGUUAAUAGAAGAGAAUAUAAGAAACAUUAAAUUUCUCAUGUGUGUAUCCAAGGCAGCAUUUUCAUCUAUCUGGUAGAGAUGUAAUGAUCUGGGAUAAUCAGCAGCCUAUAGUGUAUCUCACAACAUUGCUUGAUGUUCUAUUGAUAUACUAUUUGAAGUUUCAUGCAUCUUGUUGUCCCCAUCAGUUUUCCAUUUGUAAUGAUAAUGAUAUUGUUUUAAAGUGUGUGUGUGUGUGUGUGUGUAACAUUAUUAUGGGUUUUUAAGGCCAUGAAACAUAUGUGGAGAUUGGAACUCAACUUUGUGAAAUCUACCUUGUUCCAUUCAUGUGGUGAUCAAGAUAAGUUUACACACCAGAGAAAUUGCCACUGUGUUCUCUGGCUGAUGCUCAAAUAAGAUUAGUUGAAUUGUUAUGUCAGUAAACUUGUCUUUUCAGAAUGUAAACAUAUUUCCACCGAAAGAUAGAUGAAAAUAGGACAAAUUGAAUAAUAAAUUGCAAAUGAAAAUGUUA